AUGUCUUCCUUUCCUAAAAUCAAGUCCGUGAAAACCUUCCUCUUAGAAGGAAAGGGAAUCGGCGGCGACUACCACAAUGUCGAAAAUGGACACUGGCUCAUCGAUAGCGAUAUCUCCAACCCCAUGUCCAAGUACCCGGAAUACCGUAAGUCCAGGGUUUCUUGGGGUAUCAACGUUUUGGGUUCGUUUUGUGUUGAGAUAGAGGCUACAGAUGGCACCAAAGGUUUUGCCACCGGUUUCGGAGGCCCACCUGCUUGUUGGUUGGUUAAAGAACAUUUCUUGAGAUUCUUGCAAGACGCAGACCCCAGAGAUUACAACUUACUUUGGGACAAGAUGUUCCGUGCCUCCAUGUUUUAUGGGCGUAAAGGCUUGCCAAUCGCUGUGAUUUCCGUGAUCGACUUGGCGAUUUGGGAUCUUUUGGGUAAGAUUCGUAACGAGCCUGUCUACAAAAUGAUUGGAGGAGCCACAAGAGAGAGACUUGAUUUCUACUGCACCGGUUGUAACCCUGUUGCAGCUAAAGAGAUGGGAUUUUGGGGUGGAAAGGUUGCCCUUCCUUUUGGUCCAGAUGAGGGACACGCGGGCUUGAAGAAGAAUGUCGAGUUUUUGAGGAAGCACAGGGAGGCUGUCGGACCAGACUUUCCUCUUAUGGUCGACUGUUACAUGUCUUUGACGGUUCCUUAUGCCAUUGAGUUAGCCACUGCCACCGAGGACUUGAACAUCAACUGGUUUGAGGAGGUUUUGCACCCUGAUGAUUUUGAUGGCUUUGAAUUGUUGAAGAGAGCCCACCCUAGAGUCAAGUGGACUACUGGGGAGCACGAAUAUACCCGUUAUGGUUUCCGUAAGUUGAUCGAAGGAAGAAACCUCGAUAUCUUGCAACCAGAUGUUAUGUGGGUUGGCGGUAUGACCGAGUUAUUGAAGGUGGCUGCCCAAGCUGCUGCUUACGAUAUUCCUGUGGUGCCCCAUGCAUCUGGUCCGUACUCCUAUCACUUUGUUGUCUCUCAGCAGAAUACUCCAUUCCAGGAAUACCUUGCCAACUCUCCAGACUCUAAGAGUGUGUUGCCUGUCUUUGGAAACUUGUUUAUCGAUGAGCCUGUUCCGACAAAGGGCUUCUUGAAUGUUUCUGACUUUGAUAAGCCUGGUUUUGGUUUGACCUUGAACCCACAAGUUCAGUUGGUCGAUGCGGAGUACAUUUUGCUGCCAUCGCCGGAGAGACCGUUGAAGAUUGAGGCCAACGGACACAAGAUAGUCAAUGGACAUAAGUAA